AGUAGGCUUCAAUUUUUCCGUCACCUGUUUUUCAAGUUUUCUUCAAAAUUUUCCGCCAAUUUAAAAAAUUUUAAAUCCUUCAGACUUCAAGAUAAUACCAAUAUCCCAUCAGUGAUCAUUAAAAAGUGGUGAUGAGCUAUACGCACCUCUUGCGCCACCAAAACAUAAUGGACGACAGCCAGCGCGUAAGUUGCUAUCGCGGAGCUGAAAACACCGCCAUCUUUGGACGCUGCGUGAUCAGUCGGGACAUUGUCCUGGGCUGCCAGAUGGAGGUGAGCGAUCUGGAUCUGCCCGACAUUAUGGAGCCCACAUGGAGCGUCUAUGUGCGGGCGGGGGACAAAUACGACAAUCUGGCGCACUAUGUCCGUCAAGUCACCUUCCGGAUGUCGCCACGCCUUCCACUCCGCCUGCAUGUGGCGGACAGUGCGCCGUUCGAGAUUAGCGAAGUGCUGGGCGGCGAUUUUCCCGUGGAGAUACAGGUGCAGUAUGUGGAUCCCAGGAUGACGCCCACCAGCUACGUGUUCAAGCCGCGGGUUGUGCGUGAAGGUCACAGCGGUAUGAGCGAGGAGCUGCGCGACAAAAUGAUCUUUGUAAAUCCCUCGGCAGCUAUGCGAGUUAGUCUAAGUUCGACCCAGGUGUUGUCGGAAGUGGCAGUUGCCGGUCUACAAAAGGUCAGGAAGACCGUGGCAUCGAAUAGGGAUGUGGGUCUGGGCGAGGAGGAGCUGGUGGGGGAUGUGGCACAGUCCUCAAAGCCGGCGACGCUGGCCAAGAACCGCCUCAGGUUGAAUGUGGGGAUUUCGAAAUAAAAUAAUGAUUUUCUGGUCCCGUUAAGCAAUCAUUAAUCAUCAAUUUUUGUUUACAAAAUUUAU